AUGAAGACACUCUCACAGACCGUUUUCUCGGUCCUCUCCCUAUCAUCCCUCACAACCGCACACAUGCAAAUGGUCGAUCCGCCCCCUUUGCUCUCCCAAUACAACAAAUACACCAGCAGCGCAGACUAUGACAUGACAUCGCCCCUCAACGCCGACGGCAGCAACUAUCCCUGCAAAGGACACCUCGAUGUCCUCGGCACAUCUCAAGCUCAACCCGUUGCAGAAUGGACACCCGGCCAGUCCUACAGCAUGAAAAUAUCCGGAGGCGCGCCACACAACGGGGGUAGUUGUCAAGCGUCCCUGUCUUUUGACAACGGCAAGUCAUGGAAAGUUAUUCACUCGUAUAUUGGAAACUGUCCUGUGAUGGGCGACUCCAAGUAUGAGUUUACGCUGCCGUCUGAUACACCUGCUGGUGAUGUACUCUUCGCAUGGAGCUGGUUCAACCAACUUGGAAAUCGGGAGAUGUACAUGAACUGUGCAGCUAUCACGGUGAAAGACAGUGAAGGUAAGAAGAAGAGGGGUAGUACGCACUCGAUAAAGAGUCGGCCGGAGAUGUUUGUUGCGAAUGUCGGUAAUGGGUGUGGGACUGUGGAAGGGAAGGAUUUGAUGUUUCCGGAGCCGGGGCCGGAUGUUGAUAUGGAUUCGAAGAAUACGGCGCCGCCGACGGGGAAGUGUGGCUCUGUUCCGGACUCUGGUGAUUCUUCGGAUUCAUCAGACACUACGGAUUCUUCAAGUUCUUCAGAUGCUUCAGAGAGUACGGAGUCUACAGAUUCUUCAGGUUCUGCAGAAUCUUCAGACUCUUCAGACUCUGCGGAUACAUCAGCUACUACUUCACCACCAGGCUCGUCGAGCAACUCCUCAGAUACGACAAGUUCACCAGAAUCAGCAAAAGGGAAAGCAUCAGGAGCCAAACCAGGCAUUCUCAAAUCCAAGCCUGAGCCUCCUACCAUGGCCAAUGACACCGCAAACUCCACCAUGACAUGGCACGGUAUGCAACAGCGGCCUACCGAGGCUGCUGUUUCGUCAAAGGGAUCGUCUGCCCCAGCGAGCCCAAUGAGAUCUUGGUCGCCGGAAGGCAAAGGUGGAAAAUGUCAGCCUGGGUCGUAUGCUUGUGAGUCUAAGCCGGAAGGCUGGAAAGCUUGUGAUGCGUCAGGACAGUGGGUGCAUGCCGGAAAUUGUGCCCCUGGACAGGUAUGCAAGUUUAACAAGGCCAACGGCAGUCCUUAUUGCGUACAGCCGGGGUUUCAAUUCCCUUAA